AUGACAGAUUCUAUUUAUAUGGAAGGAUGGCUUAUACGAUCGAGAGAACGCGGCAUGCAUUUUCCACCGUUUAAGUCGAAAUGGGUUCGCCGGUACUUUGUCUUACGAAUUUGUGACAAGAAGCUGGGAACGUAUGUGCUCGAUGAAUUUCGAAAAGAAGAUAAGAGGCGGCUUAGAAAGUCGCUUGAUCUCGUCCGCUGUGUCCAAAUCGAUUCUCAUUUGCAAUUAGCGGAUUCCUCUUGUGCGACAACAUCACGUUUUGGUGGCUUUCAGUGGAUAUUUUCAUUAUAUUUUUAUUUACUAAAGGACAUCGCUGAAAAAAAACACCACUUACUUAUGUGUCAGAAUCUCGAGAGAAUUGAGACUGAUUUUUUUCAGAAAAUGAAGGAGUGGGUGUAUAACCUAUGCCGUGCUUGUCGUUUGGAAAAGGAAACUGAUGAAGACAGUACUUCCUUCACGCAGCAGCAUCCAUCUCACGUAGAAGCUCCCUCUCACCGAUCAACGCUUCCGUCUUCCAUAGGCGGGCUAUCCAUUUACUCUGAUCGAUCAUCUGAAAGUAUGCUCGAUACCCCGAGGAGUGAAGUUAGCCGAGAGUUUGAGAUCGCCGCGGUCGGCAGUGUUGAGGUUGUGAGCACCCUUUCUAUGGCGAGAAAUCAAGAAGAACACAGCUACACUCGAGAAACUUCCGAAAUCACAGCGCUCAACGCCAUGUACCUUCAUCUGCAGCGGCAAGAAAGAGCAGUCAUCAACGGCGACAUCGAAGAAACGGAUUCCUUGGAAAGACCUCGGGCAUCAUCAUCUGCAUCAGCGUGCUCUUCUGUAACGUCAGGCCAUCCUAGUGACGAGGGAGACGAUGACUCAACAAGUUGUAUUUCACAGCUGAGCAAUCUUUCAUGCGGACCACCGGUCCCACCAAGGACACGUCUAGGUCCGCAAUACUCUUCUGCAUCUUCCUCUACUGGUGUUCCGGUAAAAAGACUGGCGAUGGACCACCUAUCUCACAUGGGCUCUCCUAAGACUCGCAGCGUGAUUAGUGAAACCAUGGAGAACGACAGCAGCGGUGAAACUAUCAAAUUGCAUGGAGUUGUUCCGUAUGCAAACUCAGAAGGCGGCUUUCGCUUUGGAUCAGGUUUCCUGCCUCCAGCGGUAGACCGGUCGAACAAACCUGCCAAGUUGCGACUCUACGAUUACGAGGAGGAAAAGGUUCCAGAGGAAAUGACCAUACAUGGUUAUAAU